AUGGCGGAUCACAACAGACUGUCAAGAUCCACACUUGGAGUUCUACUGCUUGCCCUAGCAGGGUAUUUGGGCAUCACCUUUAUCGGGUCGAGCAGAACGCCCUUCCAGGCCGGAAGCUUGCGACGAUUGCCAGGCUCGAGACGUGCCAUUGCAAGCUCUGAUAUUUCUGACGGCGAGAUUUUCGUGUCAAUCGCUGCAUAUGCAGAUCCCGAGCUUCCUGCAACCAUGAUGUCCCUGAUCGCAGCGGCGGACCGCCCAGAGCUCAUCCGAUUCGGCAUCGUUUGGCAGGGGCCAGGGAGCGGCUUUGAAGCUGACGACCUGGACCGGCUUGCCACGGAGUGGGACCUGACGGAGGUAUCUGCCGAGCGCCCAGUGGUGGAUUUGCAUUUGCCGGACAGAGACCCUGUGCCGGUCUGGGAGAUGCUGGAUGGCAGAAUCCGCAGUGUUCGACUGGAAGCAGAGGAUGCGAGGGGGCCGUGCUGGGCGAGGUAUUUGGCUCAGCUCCUGUGGAAAGAUGAGUCCUUGUACUUGCAGCUGGACAGCCACAUGCGAUUCACGCCAGGCUGGGACUCAAAGGCUCGCGGUGAGCUCUCCUGGUGUAGCCAGCAAUCGGAGAAGCCUGUGCUCUGCUCAUACGGGCCAGGCUAUUCUCUUGGCACACCCUACGGAGAAAUUCCCAAGGGCCCCCGUCCAGCGACAGUGAACUGUGCGAAUACCUUUGACUCUGACGGGAUCCUUCUCAUCACAGCUCGAGACCUCAAAGAGCCAUUGAAGCAGCCAGAGAAGCACUACUUCUGGGGCGCUCAAUUCUCCUUCUCCUCUGCCAAUGUCUUGCGUGAAGUGCCAUAUGACCCGCAACUGCAAAUGCUGUUUUUUGGAGAGGAGAGCCUCAUGGCGGUGCGUCUGUUCACCCACGGCUGGGACGUCUUUACCCCAAAGGAGCAACUCUUCUUUCACCUCUGGGAGCGCGACUACCGCAGGGUUUACUGGAAGGACAACAGGCAGCUCUUUGCAUCGUUGCUGAAGGACUCUCAGCGCAGGGUGCGGGCGCUGCUGGAGUCAGGCCACGCCCCGAGCAGCGUGUGGCCACUCCCAGGCGGCGGAGACGCUGACAAACCCGACGCCUUCGGUUUGGGCAGCCACCGCACCUUGGGGGAGUACGAGGCAGCUGCUGGUGUCUACUUCAAGGAGAAGCGCCUGGAGGUGAAGGCCUUGCGCGGUGGUGGAGCUCUUGAAGAGCAUCACUUCAAAGAGGAGAUAGAAAUGCGAAGCAAGCCGGUGGCGCUGACGGGAGCACCAGCAGGCUUGGAGCAGUUGUCUGGCGCCUCAUUCGUUGCAGAUUCCGUCGUGAAUGGCCGCACUUCCUAUGCUGCCAAGGGUGCUGGUGAUGAAAGGUUUGUGCUAUGGUACUCGGCCACCAACCAGACGUGGGUGGUGAACUUCGGUGGAGUGGCGCAUGGUUUGGGCCAGGAGGCAACCCUGCUCCUCUACAGCGAGUCUUUCAGCGGGGAGCCCACAGACGUGCGCUCUUGGUAUUACUUUGACGCUUACAUGCAGCGAUGGAUGGCAAGCCCUGGUACGAGGUUCAGCGGAGUUGAGGCAGAUCCAGCUGAGGAGGGCUGGCUGGAUGAGUUGUGGCGAUCUGUCAUGCCGCUGCCUCCGCUUCAGUGCUCCCAGAAGAUUUGCUGCACUCAGUUCAGGCUGUACCACAGCGCGGUGUCAAAGCUACAGCGCGCCAGCCUGAGGAAGCCGGUGAAGGUGGAAGUGAGCUCCAAGAGUGACACUGCCGCCGGCCUGGUGCAGAACUUCCUUUUGAUCCCGUUCAAGUUCAAGCAGACCUACUUUGCAGCCUUGAUCGCCCAUUUCAUUCACUAUUCGGCGAUGGUCUUCACUGACACCUGCUUGGGAGCACAAAGGCUCUCAAUUUUCUUGAGGCACAUGGGCAUGAAGUCGAUCUGCCUGCAUGGACAGAUGAAUCAGGCACAGCGGCUGGGAGCCCUCAGUGGAUUCAAGGCCAAAGAGCAAAGGAUUUUGGUCUGCACGGAUGUGGCAUCCCGCGGCUUGGAUGUGCCCUCCGUGGACCUGGUUGUCAACUACGACAUCCCCAAGAACUCCAAGGACUACAUUCACAGAGUGGGUCGCACUGCCCGAGCCGGGCGUACGGGCAAGGCUGUGACCCUGGUGACCCAAUAUGACGUAGAGCUCUUCCAGCGCGUGGAGCACUUCCUGGGGAAGAAGCUUGAGGAGUUCACCGAGCUGGUGGACACCAAGGUGAAAGCCAGCCACGAGCGCGUGCUCGAGGCCUGCGAAGCCUGCGAGUCCUGGGGACUUCACGGAGGCGCGAAGCGGGAUGGGGAGGGUUGCUUCGUGGUUGAUGGCAUUGAGGCUGAGGAGCUGACAGACCAAGCAGCCAGACAGAACCGGCGAUGCCUCGCAAAUGCGAAGCGGAUCUGGAUCGAAUCGUUACCAGAGGACGAGCCGCAGAGGUCGAGCCUAGAGGUCGGUGGGUCGCUUUCCUCGUCUUUGGGACAACUGGCUGGUUCAGUGCAGUCCACCAUCUCCAACAUCUUCGCACCUUCAAAGGAGAAGCGAGAGGAGGAAGACCCUGGAGAACUGCCCCCGGAACGGCAGAAGGUCAAGAAGGUGGAGACUGGUUCCAGAUACAAGACCGAGGCGCUCGGCUUGCGGCAGAGGAAAGCCUUGCAGCCAGAGUCGCCAUCCUCUCGCUCUCCCUCUCAUGGAAGUGAUGCCAGCAGGGCCAGCAGGAGCUCGGCGCAGAAAAGCUCACCUCCGGCUGGGCCGGAGAAGAACUCGCUGCCGCUGAACACAUGGCCCAAGAGCUCCAGAGAAGGCAAGGAGCCGACCAAGCCGAGGGAAACGAAGAAAGCGGUCAAAUCCAAGUCAAGCCAACCCCGAGGUGAGGCGCCUUCUGCGCUCAAGGAUCUGGGGCCAGAGGGGAUCCAGGCAUGUCAGAAGGCUUUGGAAGAGGGCAAGCAGCGCCAGGGUUGUGUUAAGCUUUGCUUCGUGGGCCAUGCCCGUGCGGGGAAGACGUCCACUUUGCUGGCCCUGGCAGAGCGGCCUUUCGACGAGCAGCAGCCGAGAGUACACAUGGUGUGGAUACCUGCGUCCUGCAGAACGAGCUGCUGGAGAUCUCCCAGAAGCCUAACCAGGUGGAUGGCACGCCCUGGGGCGUGCUGGAAGGGAGGAGCGUUCAAGAGAUGCUGGAGCGCGGCGUGGCCAAGGGUGUGGCACAGGAAUUGA